AUGGAUAAAUUCCUAUCCAAUCGGUUUCAAACACUGGAAACCGUCACAGGUCUCAGGGGAGAUAUAGCUUCGAAACCUAAACCACCAAGCUCUCGGACUUCUGCAGAGACACCUGCAAAAAAGCUUGGCGCCUUUCAAGCCAGUGUGGCAAAGGCGACAUGUAAAAUGUGCAACAGCAAUGUACACAAGCUAUCUAAGUGCGACAGAUUUUUGCGUCUAAAGCCGACGGAGCGAGUAGAUUACGUGAAGAGCAUUCGCAGUUGCUUGAAUUGUCUAUCUGCUGGGCACACAGUCUCAAGAUGUACCAGCUCAUUUAACUGCAGAACUAGUCAUUCGAGACAUCACAAGUUGCUCCAUAUGCCAAUUCAGCCAAGAGCAACAACUGAUCCAUCGGGUAACGUAGAAUCGACUCCAAACCAGGCUCAAUCAAGACGCGAGUCUGAAAAAGGAGACAUUAAAUCGGUUACAAAUGUAAAUUCUUGUUACGCAAAUACAAGUAAAGGAGUUUUGUUAGGAACAGCACGCGUAAACAUACACUAUAAUGGUAUACAUUUUUCGGCUAGAGCGCUUAUAGAUUCUGGUUCUGAGUGCUCGUUCAUUACUGAGAGACUCAAACGGAGAAUCAGCAUGCCAUCAAAACGCUUGCAUGCCCAAGUUUCGGGCAUCAAUAACUCUGUAUCUGCGCAGGUAAAAGAAGCGUUUGCUAUUCAACUUCGGUCUCCCACAGACCCGUUAAUUAAUAUAGAAGCAAUCGUGCUGGUUUUACCACAAUUAACCGGGGAUCUUCCGCCUUGUCAGAUAAGCGCAAUGAUGCGGCAAUCGUUCCCAGACUUGGUCUUGGCGGACAAAAGAUUCUUCGUCAAUGAGCCAGUUGACCUUGUCUUAGGAGGAGAUAUUUACCCGCAAAUAAUUUUAAGCGGAAUGAGGAAGAACGUAUUAAAUACGCUUCUCGCCCAAGAGACCGUGUUCGGUUGGAUAUUGACUGGUCGCGCGGGUUCAGUCAGUCCAACCAACAAUAUCGUAUCGUAUUUUAACGAAGUCACGUUGGACAAGCAGCUAGCUGCAUUUUGGGAGCUGGAGGAUGUCCCAAAGAAAAAAGGCAUCAACGAAGAUGAUAAAUACUGCGAAGAGCUCUUCAAAGCAACUACGACACGCAAUACAGAUGGAAAAUACAUUGUGUCUCUACCUUUUAAACGGGAUUUUCCGAAAAAUGUGUGCUUAGGACCUUCGCUGAAAAGUGCAUGCUCUCAGUUCUACCGGAACGAGACGCGACUAGCGAAAAUACCUGUCCUUCAAACAGAGUACAACCGGGUUGUAUCUGAAUACGAGUCACUAGCACAUAUGUCAAAAAUUAAUAAAAACAUCUCACCAGAUUCAACGGACUGCUAUUUUUUACCUCACCACGCCGUUUUAAAGGAAGAAAGCACCACUACAAAGGUCAGGGUUGUACUCAACGCAUCAUGCCCAACCGCUAAUGGCAUGAGUUUGAAUGAUGUCCUUCUUCCAGGCCCAGUACUUCAGGCCGAUUUACCCAUUCUUAUACUACGUUGGAGACUGUACAAAUACGUAUUCAACAGCGAUAUAGAAAAGAUGUAUCGACAAAUUUGGGUAAAUCAAAAUCAAACAAAAUAUCAGCGAAUAGUUUUCCGUAAUUGCCCAAAAGAUCCGAUCAGUUUGUACGAAUUAAAAACCGUGACUUUUGGCAUAAACUGUGCUCCUUACCUUGCGAUAAGGACAUUACACCAGCUUGCUGAUGAUGUGGAGAGCUCUCAUCCAAUCACAUCUGACAUUUUGCGAAAAUGUAUGUAUGUUGACGACGUACUCGCCGGGGGACAUAGCGUCGAAGCCGCGAUAAGAGCUCGAGAAGAGAUAUCACAGGUGCUAAAUUCAGCCGGGUUUCCAUUACGAAAAUGGACUUCAAACUCUAGCAAAAUACUUCAAGGAAUACCAAAAGGUCAUUUACUUAGUAAAGAUUUCUUAGAGUUUGAAGAUACCAGUGCAGUAAAGGCUUUGGGCAUCAGAUGGAACGCCCAUUCCGAUUACUUCUACUUUAUAGCGAAACCAAUUGAAAAUAGUAGCAUUAUUACAAAGAGGGCAAUACUUUCAGCCAUCGCUUGCGCCGGUUAUAAUCGUCGCCAAGAUCAUUAUGCAGAAUAUUUG